CUGAUCUUGCUCCUCGAGCCGGGUUACUGGGCGUCGCUGGCACGCAAAAACUCCCCCCUCCCCCUUUCCUUCUGUCAGUCUACAUGUGUACAAGUGAUGGACACGUUCAUGUCAAACCUGCGAGCAACGUUUCUUGAGCCAGUGGCCCAGAAACCCGUGAAUAUAAUAGGAAUCCACCUCUUACCCCUCCACAAGCAGUUCUGUCUGCUCAAUUGACCGUUUCAGGCAGGCAUCAGAACUUGCGCAGCAAGAAAUUUUCUGGCUCCUGAAAUCCUCACCUGACAGCAUGUUGUCGCUAAUUCGACCACUCAGCGACUUCUGCUUCGAGUACGAACCCAAAGAGAAGCUGGGAACCGGCAAGUUCGGCUCCGUGUGGCGAUGCCAGGAGCGACAAGGCAAUAACGAGUUCGCCUGUAAACGAGCCGUCGGCAAGGGAGCCAUGGAUUCCGCCUUGCGAGAAAUCGGCGCGCUCUCAACGCUUCAAGGCUGUCCCAACGUGGUCCACAUCCAAGGACUCUUCCACGACCCCCAGACCGAAACCCUAAUUUUGCUUUCCGAGCUCGCGACAGGCGGCGAUCUGGUAACACACAUCAAUGCGAAAGGACGGCUGCCGGAAUGGGAGGCGAGAAUCCUCUUCCGCGACAUCAUUUCAGGCGUGAAGCAGUGUCAUGAGAGAGGGGUGAUGCAUCGCGAUAUCAAGCCGGAUAAUAUCCUGCUCUUUGAAAGGAGAUCCAUGCUUCCAUCACCCGAUGAGGCGAGACGUGAUAUGCGGAACGGAAUUUUAAAUUUCACUGAAGCAGUAUCGAGCGAAGAUGCUGUGUCAUCGUUACACCAAGGAACAACGUCCGCGCUUCAUGAGGCGACUUUCGCGGCAUACACGGCUAAGCUGUCCGAUUUCGGCGCAUCGAUAGUCCUCGGGCCAGGUCAGAAAGCGCAGGCGUGCGUCGGAAGCCUCCCGUACGUUGCUCCCGAGGUGCUCGCGAGAAAUAAAUACGAUUUUUCCGCAGACAUUUGGAGCCUUGGGGUUACUCUGUAUUCCAUGCUGGCGGGAGCAUGGCCGACUGUUAUUCGCGGACGGCAAUCAAACGACGAUUGGGACCUCCCCUGCUGGUCCGAAAUUUCGGAUCCCGCAAAGAAUCUCAUCCGUUCGAUGCUGUCUGAAGAUCCUCGAUCCCGUCCCGCCGUCGAUGCGGUUUUGAAUCAUCCGUGGGUGAGGGGUGUCGUCAGUCGGCCAAGUGCAAUAGCUCUACCCAAUCAUGGCGACGAAUCUCAAUCGCCGCCGCGAAACUCGUCGCCACGUGUUACCUCACCCCUCACGUCGCCACUCGCGGUAAUUCAGAAGUCGACGCGAAUAGCCGCUCAGUCUUGUCGGAACAUGGCGCUGCGAAUGCUCCCUAAGCGACACCUACCUUCCUAAUUUCCUAGCAAAUCCUCCACAGCAAGACGCAGCAAUAAGGGGUUUUCCCUGGCUGGGGCGUGUUCAAAACUUCAUGUGAGAAGACUGCUAGUUGCCGGAAGGCUGCUGGGAUAUUCGGAAUGCGAGGAGGGGACUGCAGUUGCAGCACUCAGCUAAGUGCAGGCCGCAGAACAGCUCCAGAACAAGUUAGGUCCAAGCUGGUCUGUAUAUUUCAUGGGACGAAUCGAAUAUAUUUCCUACUGCAAGCACGUCUAUUCAUCCGUUGAGAUUGUAUUGUAUGGGUUUCGU